CAACAAUGUCAAGUGUUAGUUGUAAUCAAACAAACGUACAGCAACAACAACAGCAUAUUUUUCCAACCACAAUUGUAACGCCCGGUAAAAUGCCUAAAUAUCAUCACAUACAACCCCAUCCCAUUGCGGAGGAUGGCAAAAAUCGCAAAGUGUCGCGUUCUCAACCCUAUAAUGCCGAUCAAUCACAACAUUCGGUCUUGAGACGUAACGCCCGUGAACGUAAUCGUGUCAAACAAGUGAACAAUAGUUUCGCCCGUCUACGCCAGCACAUUCCCCAGACCAUCAUUGCCGAUUUGACCAAAGGUGGUGGCCGUGGUCCUCAGAAAAAGAUAAGUAAAGUUGAUACCCUGCGCAUUGCAGUUGAAUAUAUUCGUCGCCUGGAAGAUUUGCUGGAUGACUUGAAUGGUGGUGUAAGCUGCUCGAAUCAACAAUUUGACCUGCCAUCAAACACUUCGAAUUGUGACACAGCCAGUAACAGUUCCUUCAGUUCGUCAAGUUCCUCAUCGGCUUCAUCCAGCGCCUAUAAUACCACCACCAGCCAAACUCCUGUGUAUUAUACUCCUCAAUCCACCAGCCCCUUACCAUCCAUUAUGGAUAUGAAUUUGGCAGGCCAUUUGAAUCCCUACAGCAGCAGUACAACUUUACUCUCCCCUGUAUCAAUGAAUUCCUAUUCGCCUCAACACAAUACCGCCGGUUAUGAUAACAAUGGCUGUCAUUCACCCACCUCGUCGUUCAACUCUUCAAAUUUAUCAUAUGAAGCGGUGGCGGCUAGCUUUGAACCACAACAAUCCUUGGCAGAUUUGCCAAUCCAACAACAACACCAUCAUCCUCUGCUCCACCACCAGCCACAAGAAAUCUCAGCCGAUACCAGUUUGGCUUUUGAUGGUAAUAUCCAGCUGAAAUUCGAACCCUAUGACAAUUUCACUUUGGACGAAGAAGAUUGCACACCGGAUGAUGAAGAAAUUUUAGAUUACAUUUCAUUGUGGCAGGAACAGUAAAAAUAAUUAAAAAAAACUUCGAAAAAACAGAAAACACAUUCAAGACUGCAGGAUUUUGU